CCAUGUAUAAAUUGAGCGAACGACCAGAAGGGCCGCGGAGUUGCGUGAAAAUCUCGCGAAAUGCGGCUCAUCGCCGUCGUCAUUGUCUACUUGCUCGGCCUUGUUCUGCUCAUCCAUGCUAAGUCCAAGAGCUCGCAUGACCCCCAUCAGCCUGUCGAUCCCAAUGAGGAGCGGCGCAGAUUAUACCUGGAAGUGAUAGCUAAUUGCACAAAGGAGGUCGGUAUUACUUUCGAAGACUACGCGCUGUCGUUCAUAAACAACGACACGAAAGGCAUCUAUGAGAAAGUCAAGUGCGUUAAUGCUUGCAUGUUUAAAGCUCAUGGAAUCAUGAGACCCAACGGGACGAUUAAUGCGGAAAAGGCUGUGGAGCACCUAUUGUCAAGCAAACUGGGAGUGGACGUGCAUGUGUUGCAUGACAUAAUAAUCGAGUGCAGUGAAGGAAAGGGAGAAAAUGAUUGCGACACAGCUCAAAAGUUGAUGGACUGCGUGAUUGUUAGGUGAAAAAAAAAAAACUGAGUUUUUCAUAAAUUUUGUCUUUGUUAUGAGGUAUUCGAUGUUAAUAAAUUCAAAAAACAUUUGACAUCCAACCCUAAAUUAAUAAAAUUCACUAAAAACGUCUGCAAUUUUUUCAGCAUCAUCCACAUGAGGCAUUGAGCGUUAGUUUGAAAUAGCGUGGGGUUCUAAUAAUUUGUAUUCGUCAUUUUAACUGAAACGUGACUCUUUUUGAUGUUAAUUUUUUAAGCUGGCGAUUCUUUUGGUUAUUCAAAGUUGAAGGUCUCAUUAAUUUACAGCUCUUAGUACAAAGUAUUACAUCUAAUAUAUCAUCAGUAGUCAUCUGAUAUAAAAUGUAUUGUUUCAUGUGGAGGUAUUAAAAUCAAAUAUUUUUAAAGUA